ACAAUCAUGCAAACAUUCCCUUUGAUUUGACGUGUUUAGUUUCGAGUUUUGAACUGAGCGCUGAGUGUCAAGUGUGGCUCGGGAGGAAGAGCAGGAUAUAGAUCUAGAUCUAGUGCAAUCUUCUUUUUGAAAAAUAAAGGCAAGAUUUCAAGUCAUGAAACUUUAGCCUAAACUUUUAUUUAGCAGCUCCCGCUCUCCCUCCCUCCAUCACUCACCACACUCACCACACUCACCACACGUCACACGCGCCAGACUGCCUGACUGAGACUCGGACUCAACUCUGGACUCUUUAUUAUAGGCAUAGAUCUAGAGGCCUACGUGAUUGGUACAGGACUAAGAUGGAGGAGUGUCUACGUCAAAUGAUUCUAGCUGUCAAGAAAAGGCGUGAUGAUUUGGAAUAUGAAUGCAGUUUGUUAAAGGGACUUCUAAAGCCAUGGCCCAAGGAGAAAACUGCUGCAAGUAUGUCAUCUCAAGGCAAAAGCACAAGUUUGCAGUGGGUCACUGAGAGAAAUGAUGGAGUGCCUGUUGAGCCCCAUCCACCUCCGCAGGAACCAGCUCUCACAGCUGUAGAGGAACAAGCUCUCUCACAACUUGACAAGAUUUUACAGAAAGCUGCGCAGGCUCGCCAGUCUAAAGGAAAGUUGCAUAAAUCAGAAGAGAAAGGGAGAGGACCCAAUUUGAAUGCAACUUCUGGGAAGAGGGGGGAGGCGUCAGGAUGUGAAAGAACAGCAUCUUCCCAGUCAGCUGACUUGGGAGGUACAGAUGUGGGGAAGACUCAAACGCAAAUGUCGAAAAGUGAGAACGGGGCGGAUUCCUCCAAGGGGAGGAAGUCGUGUGGCAGUCGAAGUAACGUAACCUCUCUGGGGAAGAAUGUGACACCUGCUGCUACAACAGAUAAAGGUCGGUCUUCGUCGUCAUCACCAAUGCCCUUGUCAGCUGGAAGAAGCAGGCCUGCGUCGUCAAGUGGCAGAGGUAGGCCGGCUAGUAGCAAAAGUGGCCACAUACCAGCACAUAUGUCUGCGCCAUUCAAGACGAAACCGGAGACAGCUGUCAGAGGAGGGGCUCACCGGAAACAGACGAGGCAGAUCUCCCAGCAGACGCGACUUCAACGGUCAGGGGCAACUAGUGGGCUGUUGCUAGGCAACAAGACGUAUAAAACUUUGCCGGGAAUUAAGGCGAAACAGGGACAGGUAGAAAAUACAAACGCUCCAUUGAUGCCUGCUAGUAGUCCUGAGAGUGGGGGUAUCUAUCAGCCGUGUCCAGACACAAUACAGAGUGGUGCCUCUGGAUCACCGACUCAGCAGGAACUGAAGUAUUCUUCUUUCGAUGAGAUUGUCGGAAGUAGUGACAGCACGGGCUCAGAGAGGGAGAACGCUGUCAGGACUUGUACAACUGGCCAUGACCUUCCUUGUGACGGGCACGACAGAGCCAGAGACACGGUGACAGUUCACAGCAAGACAAUACAGCAGUCGCAGAAAGAUCUUGUCUCUGACGACAGAGAUGGUCAGGACAUAAAUAGCUGCCAUGCAGCGGAAGUGGAGUGUCCUAAGUCUUUGGACCUAAAGACAAUUGGACCCUCACUGCGUUUACCAGCCAGGCUACUAAAACUUUUCUCCUUGAACAACUCCCUUCGACAAAAAUGUCGAAAUGCUCAACUGACCAGAAAAGUGAUGCCAGUGGACCCGGCACAGCAUUUUGUGGACAGGUUACGUCAAUCACAGUGUGCCCCUGGAGCAGAGAUGUACCACAGAGCUCAAGCCCUUGCCUGUCUGCACGAGCACAACACUCUCCUGGAUGUACUGAAGGAUCUGAAUCUUGAGCGUCUAUCAGGUGAUGGAGAGAGUUCACCAUACGAAGAACUAGUGAGAGCCAAAACUUCUCUGGAGUUCGUCCUUUCCAAGUUUGCAGAACUGGAGGAAAAGUCAACGUUUCUGUCUCAAGUUCAGUUCCGAGAGUUGCCUCAUGAGGACCUCGUUGUGGAGAGUGCUUCCGAGUCCCUGCCGGUGUUGUUGGCGUCCCAGAAUCUGCAUCACGGUCCUGUGUGGCAGAUGAGAGAGCCUGGUCUGCUGGGAGAGCAGUUGGCAGCGUGUUCCGAGUGGCAGGAGCUUCAGUUCUCCCUGUGCCGGCUGGAGCUGUUGGCGGCCGUCACGCGGCGAGCGAAAUCAGAGUGGUGGCCUGCACUGGAGAAGGAGAACGGAGAUCCAGCAGUGUUGGAAGCAGUUCACAGUCUUCUUACAUCUGCUGCACAGUUCCUGCCAGCUUUUGUUCAAAACCCACAUCAGUUGUGACAGGCAAUGCUGCUUUCAGAAGUGGAUUUGCUCCUCUUGUUAUUUGUUUAUGAAUUGUCUUCUGAGGAAUAAACAAUUCUACAUGAUUCGA